AUGCAGCGCAACAUCGACAAGGCAGCGGGGAGGCCACUGACUGGGCUGUACGACGGCCCCACCAUUACAACCAAGGACGGCGCCAGACCACUCUUUGCUUCCGAGAACGCGCGUCACCCCAACCGCGGUCAGGCACCACGCAGAGCGCCAACGCCACCGCACGCCCCGCAGUUCGCCGCACCCUCUGCAACGCGAGAAGACAUGAUAGCGCCGCAGUCCGAUUCCUACCAGCGCGAUCUCCGCAGCGAUCCCACGUACGCGGAUGAUUUAGAGCAUGUCGUGGCGGCACGCCAGCGGAUUAUGACCGCACAAAGCGACUCUUACGGUGAGGCGAUGCGCGGGAUGGUGGCUCCGCCGCCGCCGCUGGACCCCCACGCGCCGCCGGCGUACCGGCAGCCUCGUGUGCAUCUGGAUGAUAGCUGGUGGUUGCUGAUGUGGUCCUUCGUAGUCCUUUUCAUUGUGUUGGCCAUGUAUGGAAAGUAG